CCUGAACAACUCGACGCGAAGUUACCGCCCAAGUUUGUGCACGCGCACGGAGCGCGCCCUCGUCAGUGAUGGAUCCAUGAAGUUGUUACUACAAAAAUGGCUGAUUUCCUGCCCUCCCGGACGGCGAUAGUUUGUAUCCCCAGUUGUCUUUUGUCCAGCAAUGAAAUCGAGCAGCAGAGGAAAUCUAAAGAGAUAGACAGAUGUAUUAAUCGGGAGAAGACGUACGUGAAGCGCCUGGUAAAGAUAUUACUGCUCGGAGCGGGAGAGAGCGGCAAGUCAACUUUCCUGAAGCAAAUGCGCAUAAUUCACGGGCAGGACUUCGAUCAGCGGGCCAAAGAAGAGUUCCGGGCUACCAUCUACAGCAAUGUUAUCAAAGGAAUCCGAGUGCUGGUAGAUGCCAGAGAGAAGCUGCACAUCCCAUGGGGAGACUCUUCUAACCAGACACAUGGGGAGGUCCUGCUGGCCUUCGACACACGCUCGGCCAUGAUGGCUCAGGGAAUUGUAGAGACCAAAGUCUUCUUUCAUUAUCUGCCCAACAUCCACUCCCUGUGGGCUGACAGCGGCAUCCAGAGCGCCUACGACCGGAGAAGAGAGUUCCAGCUGGGUGAAUCAGUGAAAUAUUUCCUGGACAGUUUGGAUAGAAUUGCACAGCCGGAUUACCUACCAACCCAACAGGACAUACUUCUAGCACGAAAGCCUACUAAGGGCAUCCACGAGUAUGACUUUGAGAUCAAGAACGUUCCAUUCAAGAUGGUGGAUGUGGGUGGGCAGCGGUCAGAGCGUCGGCGAUGGUUUGAGUGCUUUGAUAGUGUCACUUCUGUGCUCUUCCUGGCGUCAUCUAGCGAGUUUGACCAGGUUCUUAUGGAGGACCGUCAGACCAACAGGCUUAUGGAGUCGCUCAACAUAUUUGACACCAUCGUCAACAACCGCGUGUUUUCUAAAGCGUCCAUCAUUCUUUUCCUCAAUAAGACAGACCUGCUGGAGGAGAAAGUAAAAACUGUGUCUAUCGCUGACUAUUUCCCCGACUUCACUGGAGAGCCCCACAAUCUUGCUGAUGUACAGAAGUUCCUGGUGGAAUGCUUCCGUGGUAAGCGGCGUGAACAGCAGGUGAAACCCUUCUACCAUCACUUUACCACGGCCAUUAACACAGAGAACAUCCGCCUCGUCUUCCGAGAUGUCAAAGACACAAUCUUGCAUGAAAAUUUGAAGCAGCUUAUGUUACAAUGAGAGACAUGGCAUAAUGCUUAAGAUCAUUCCAUGUUUAAUGAGGUUUUAAUUCAAGUACAAGUGAUUCAGUAAAAACCCUGAAAAAAGAUCUGUAGGCAAAUUGUUCCCCUCACAGAUAAGACUACUUUUUUCCUGUUUUUAAUCCCAGUUUCAGUGUCCCUUUUAAUCCAUUCAGCUGAGUCAUUUGUGUUUUACUGCUGUCAUUGCCACUUUUAAAUUUUUAUUUAAAAUUUUAUCUAACUAUAAAAUCCCCCCAUGUAUGGUGAUUUAACCUAACAAGAGGCAUCUCUGAUAUUGUAUUUUCCACCAAUCGGUGCAACAGUUUUAGCAAGUCUGGAGCUUCCUGCUGUUGCAGAGCAGCGAUUACAGUUGGUGCUAAUCCGGAGAAACCAUCACCUACAGCCUUUUGUUUUUAUAGUGUUACAUUCACCAGACUAGAUUUAUAUAAAUCAUGUUUAUACACCUGAGUAGUUGAGGGUUAAGGGCUUUGCUCAAGAACCCAGCAGUGGAUGGGAUUUGAACUCAUGAUAGUCUGAUCAUAAGUCUAAUGUCUUAGUGACUGAACUGCCCCACUACCACUGUUAGACCCACUGAUAGAAAACAUUUAGUUUCCCUACUCCCUAAGCUAAAAACCCAAGCUGGUCUAUAUAUAUAAAGAAUUUGUCCUUUGUAUGGACGUGCCUUAAAGCAAAGUGGUAAAUGUUAUUAGUAACACUCCAAGAUGCAUUAUAACUGCUGAGACUCAGGGGCUGUAAAUAUGCAUUAAAGACAAAUUAUUGGUGAGUGGCCUUCAAUGAUUGGGCAAUUCAGCAAGUUCUGUAAUAUCCCAAUUUGAAAAACAACAUAUAAGUGCACUCGGAUUAUGCAAAACAUGUAGUGCCCCUAUUAUUAAGGUACCUGUGUAUGUAGUACUAUUGUCUUUUCCCUUCUAAUAAGGAACAAGACUCUUAAAUAAUGUUUUCGUUGUUAUACAGAAUUUAUGUUGUAUAGAUCCCUUGUCUAUAGGGUUUUUUGUUUUUGUUUGUUUGUCUGGCCAUCUUUCACUUUCACUUUACCAUUUAAAGUGAACUGUAACCAGCAUUGUGUAUGAAAACCUUCCUAAGGUGGUUUAUUAUAAUUAAUUUACCAAAAGUAAGAUAAACGUGUGCAUAUGCAUUCAGUGCAGAGGCCGGAGAGGUUGAACUGACGUUAUACUCUAGCUAACAAAUAGGCUCACGUGAACAAGUUUCAGGGUUUGUGGUGUGUGGGGAUCUUCCUGUUCUUUUUUCCAUGAAGUAUAUUUUGCUUCCAACAUAGACUAAAACAUUCAGUUUUCUCCCCAAACUGAAAUACUCAAGACGACCUUGUGCACUAUGUAAUUAAUAUCUCAGGUGUAUUUCACAGUUUGUCUUAGUUGACUGGCUGAUUUAGGCAGUGAUAAAGAGGUCUCAUAAGAAUGUCUUUGUCUUAUGUUGGCUUCUGCUCUAUGUGACUGAGAAUUCUGGCUUUUUGUAGUGCUUACCCAGUUGUAUGCAUAUUAAAUUAUGUUCUAUGGUCUAAGCCUAGUUUUAUUCAUCACCAUCCUGUAAUCUGACUUGUGAUAUGAUAUUUCAUGAGACCUGGGAUUUGCGUUCAAGCUCACCAACAGAAUUUGCAUUAGUGUUUAGUCCAGAUAUGACCCUUGUACAGUAUCAAUUUCAUAAUUUUCAGUCUUUUUUGUAUAACUUUCUUUGGUCCAUUAAAUCCAUCUAUUUUACAAAGAUA